AUGGUCUUCCACGCCUCGCCUUCGCCGUUGAAAGAGCACUGGUGGCGCUGCAUCGACCAAGACGACACGCGUUGUGCCAACGUGUUUGCGCUCAAGGACCCCUCCCGCGAUAUCUGCGACCUCCCGUCUAGCUCCUGGGUAUGGACGCAACAGUCCAAAUCAAUCAUCAGCCAGUUCAACCUCAUUUGCGGCGCGUCCUGGAGGAGCCAGUUUGCGAACUCGGGCUUCUUCAUGGGCUACCUAAUAGGCAGCGGCGUGUUCGGAAGCGUCGCGGACUCUCGUGGCCGCAAGCCCGUCCUCUUCGGUUGCACGGCCCUGGGCGCAAUCUUCACCAUGGCUGCUGGACUGGCGCCCAACUACGUGGCCUACUUCAUCUUCCGGCUCAUCACCGGCAUCGGUGCGGCGGGGCAAGCCCUCACUGCGUACAUCCUGGCCACGGAGAGCGUGGGACCCGGCUGGCGCGGAACUGCUGGUGUUGCGACGCAGCUGUUCUUCAUCGUGGGCGAGUUCGUGCUCGUCCUUGUAGCGUUCAUCGCGCGCCCCUGGCGAGUGCUGUGCUUUGCUUGCGCCGUCGUCAACGCGGCCAUGCUGUUCCUCUGGCCGACGCUGCCCGAGUCACCGCGCUGGCUGCUGGUGAAGGGCCGCAAGGACGAAGCCACAGCCAUCCUGGCUCGCAUUGCGGCUGGAAACCGCCGCGCCAUGCCGUCUGAGCCACUCGCAGACCCUGGCGACCGCCGUACAACCGCUACUGCCGCUAGUGCCGCUAUAGAGUCGGCGGCGGAGGAGGGCACUCCGCUGCAGCUGGAACAGCACGCCGUGGAAAAGCCGCAUCACCACCAGCAGGAACAACAGCAACAGCGCUCGUCGUCGACUUCCCUCAGCUCCGCCCAUUCCGUUUCGCUGACGGGAAUGUUGCUCAAGGACCGGCGCAUGUUGCGUCGCUUUCUCGUGUUGGCGUACGUAUGGAUGGUGAUGUGUAUGGCCUACUACGGCAUCUCUCUGGCGUUGGGCGGCCUUCCAGGCUCCAUUUACGUGACCUUCAUGAUAACAGCGGCCGCGGAGCUGCCCUCCAACAUUCUGGCGGCAUGGAUGAUCGAGCGUUACGGCCGCCACAACACCAUGGCCGCGGGCAUGCUGCUGGGAGGCGCCGCCUGCCUCGGCUGCGCCUUCGUACCGGCGGGAGUCGUGUCCGCGUUAAUGGCGGCGGUGGGCAAGUUUGGCUGCGCGGGGGCCUUCACGGUGGCGUCCAUCUUCACGAGCGAGAUGUUCCCCACACUGGUCCGCAGCGCCGUUCUGGGGGCUGAGAACGAGGCGGCACGUGUGGGCGGCAUCUCUGCGCCGUUCAUUGUACUUGUGGGGAUUAGCACGGGCCAGGCCGCCAUGCCCUUCAUCAUCUUUGGAGUAACUUCGCUUGUGGCGGGAGUGGCCAUCUUCACGCUGCCGGAGACACUGGGCACCACGUUGCCGGACACCAUGUCAGACAUGGUCGGCAUCCAGUCCAUCUUCACCACUCAGCCCUGGCGCCGCGGCGGCUGGCGGCAGACGCUCAGGGAGAUGUUCCGAGUCCGGGGCGGCCCGCCGGUUGGCGCUGCUGGUUCACCCGCCAAGAACCGCUCUAGUGCUACCUCGAUCUCUGUGCAUGCUGAGACGCCAAACAGGGUCCAGGGCUUGGAUGGCCGUAACGACAGCGAUCACGCUGGCGGCGGCGGGGGCAGCAGCAGCGGCAGCGGCUAUGUAAAGAACGAGGAACGGCAUGCGCUGCUGCACGCGGCAACCUCCAGAUCGGACAUCCUGGGGCCCCAGCGCGCGACUGGUUGGGAGCGCGGCGUUCAGGACGAGCCCAUGGUGGCGGGCUACCGCCGCGGCGCAACAACAGACAGCAUCGUCGUCGGCAGCACGCGGGGGACUGCAGAGGGGACUGACCGGCAGACAGGUCCCUCCAGAGCCAGCUACUUUGAACAUAAGCGAGAGGAGCUGCGACGGUUUCCCUGA